AUGAACUUAAAGUGGACAGUGAAACGAUUUCUUCUUAUGUCGUUUUCAAUCUCCCACUUGCUGUUACUUGAGGGAGCUCAGAGCCGACUUUCAGUGGCUGAAGGAAGACUACAAAGAAGAGCUAAUGCACUUCGGAGGAAACGGGAUCUCCUUGGGGAGGAGACAUACAGACCUCUGCUGUCGGAGGGUGGUCUAUCACGCAGCAUUUUACACAACUACACAGCCAGAGAUUCCUCUUCAGAAUAUUGUGGCUGCCUCAAUGGUGGCUGGUGUCAGGACAGCGGUGUGUGUGACUGUGCUCAGUUCCAGGCAUUGGGAGACCGCUGCCAGAUCAUACCUAACCAGGGCCAGGAUAGAGACGGGAUUUGCAGGUCGUGGGGUCAGCACCACUUCGAAACAUUUGAUGGAAUCUACUUCUUCUUCCCGGGAACCUGUUCUUAUAUCCUGGCCCAGGACUGCCACUCAGCUGCACCACAGUACACGGUGUGGGUCCACAACAGCAGAGUGUGUGAAGGAAGUGUGUAUUCAUGCCCAAGAGCUCUGAGUCUGUUCUUCCCAAAUGAGGAGGAGAUCCACAUCUCUGGAUAUCAGGUCCACCAGGGAGGCCGCAGGUUAAGUCUCCCUCACACUGUGGGCGGUGUUUUUAUUGAGCGACUGGCAGAUUAUCUGCUGGUGAAGAGUGUGUUUGGCUUCUCAUUGGCCUGGGAUGGAGGCUCGGGCGUCUACCUGAAGAUGAGCGAGGAGCACCAGGGUGCCCCCUGUGGUCUGUGUGGGAACUUCAACCACCUUGCCAGGGAUGAUCUCACCACAUCCCGUGGCAUUCGGACAGACGAGCCUGCAGUGUUUGCUAACAGCUGGGCAGUGGACCUGCCUCAUGAGAGAGCCUGUCCCUCAGUAGACAGUGACUUCAAUGGGCCCUGCCAUUCUGAGUCAGACAUGGAUGAUGCCAUAGAGAAAUGCAGUGCACUUCUCUUCUUCCCAUUUCUGUCCUGUCAUGAGAACAUUGACCCAAAUCCCUUUGUGGCCAGCUGUGUGUCUGACCUCUGCGUAUCUGAUGAUGAGGAAACAUUUUGUCGAGCCUUGGUUGAGUACACCCGGGCAUGCUCACAUGUUGGUUAUCCAGUAAGAGAGUGGAGAGACAGUUUCCCUUCUUGUAAUGAUGGCUGUGAGGAGAGUUUUGUCUAUAGAGACUGUAUCAGUUGCUGUCCACCCACCUGUACAUUUGAGAAAGAGUGCCUGGGAACCAACCUGCACUGUCUGGACGGCUGCUACUGCCCUGAUGGUCUUAUCCUACAAAAUGGAACGUGUAUCGCUGUCUCUCAGUGUCCAUGUGUUUACCAUGGUACGUCAUAUGUACAAGGACAUGUACUUCAACAAGGAUGUAGUGUUUGCGUGUGCAUGGGAGGAGUGUGGAACUGCACCGAGAACAACUGCACAGUGGAGUGUUCGGUGGUAGGUGACAUGUUUGUGACGACAUUUGAUGGUAGGAUGUUUCUCCAGCCGGGGACGUGUCAGUAUGUCCUGGCAAAGAGCCGCAGCGGCAGUAGAUUCUCAGUCACGCUGCAGUAUACUACCUGUGCAGAGCACCAGGUGUGUAUUCAGUCGGUGACAGUGGUGUUGGAUGAAGAUGUGAGUCAUCAGAUCACUUUGACCAGAGAGGGGGAGGUGAUCAUUGGUGUCAACCCAGUGCCUGUCCUGCCCUAUGUUGAUGAUGCAGUGGAUGUGCGGAAGCUGACCUCAGUGUUCACACAGCUGAAGGCAGGGAUUGGUCUGAGGAUGCAUUACGACGGUCGUGGGGGACGGGUUUACCUCCAGUUGGAAAGCCAAUGGCGUGGACAGACACUGGGACUAUGUGGAACGUUCAAUGGAAACCUACGAGAUGACUUUCUCUCCCCUGCAGGGAUGAUAGAGGGCACUCCUCAGCUUCAUGCCAAUGCUUGGAAGGUUUCAUCUGCGUGUGUCGCUCCAGUCAACCUGCCAAUCAUUGACCCAUGUGAAAUGAACCAGCAUAAUGUAUUCUUUGCAUCCAAGUGUGAGGUGCUCAUGGGGAGCGUGUUUGCCCCGUGUCAUGGCUACAUCAGUCCAAACAUCUACCAGCAGCAGUGCCGCUACCAGGCCUGCCGGUGUGGGAGCAGCUGUCUGUGCACAGCGCUGGCUCACUACGCCUACCUCUGCUCCAAACACGGCGUCAACGUUGAUUUCGGAUCACACGUCUCUGAAUGCGGACUGGUGUGUCUUGGAGGAAUGCUGUACCACUCUUGUGUGUCGUCUUGCGGGCGGGACUGUCGUGCUCUGUCAAGCACGGAGACGUGUGACCCUAACGACUGUGCCGAGGGGUGUGGCUGUCCAGACGGCAGUUACCAUGACGAUGUGCGGCAGCGCUGUGUGCAAGUCUCUCAGUGUCACUGUUACUCCAUGGGUGGGGUGUCACAGCCCGGGGAGGUGACCUUCAGCGCCUCUGGACCUUGCCUGUGCAGAAAUGGGAAGAUGGAGUGUGUGCCAGAGGAAAAAGAGCCAGAUAGUGUAGAGGUUGGAGAGUGUCCAGAGGGGAAAGUGUACCACAGCUGCACCGAGCAGAGAGGAGGCGUAGCAUGCGCACCGACUUGCCGUAACCUGAUGUUGAACCUCACCUGCCCUCCCAACACACCAUGUGUCCCGGGCUGUGUCUGCCCUUCAGGGCUAGUGAUGCACCACAGUGAAUGCUACUACCCAGAGAACUGUCCUUGUGCCUGGCUGGGCCUUGAAUACCUGCCUGGAGAAAAUGUGGAAACACCAUGUUACAAAUGUGUGUGUCACCGUGGCUAUUUUAACUGCAGCUACUCACCAUGUCCAGCCGUGUGUACUGUCUACAGCGACAGACACUACCACACCUUCGAUGGCCUUGAGUACGACUACUACUCUGACUGUCAGGUGUACCUGCUCAAAAGCGUAGGAGAAACCGAGGUGUCCAUUGUGGCCCAAAACAAGGACUGCUAUGAGAGCGGCAUUGUGUGCAUGAAAAUACUGGUCGUUCACGUGGGUCUCACCAAGAUCUACUUCACCGACAACUCUGGCAACCCUAGCCCGUCCACUGUGGUAGGUCGUGGUUCAGAGUUUGAGCUUUUGAAAGCCGGCUACUACACUGUGAUCCACUUCUCCAGUCAGGACCUGACCAUCCUCUGGGACCGCAAGACCACUGUACACAUCAGAGCUGGACCCCGGUGGAAGGGCCUUCUCAGUGGACUAUGUGGAAAUUUUGACAGUGUGACAGUGAACGACAUGACCACAUCCAGCCACAUGGAAGUCAAUAAUGCACAGACCUUUGGAGACAGCUGGUCCCUGGGACAGUGUGAAAGUGACUAUGUAGUUGAGCGACCGUGUGAAGGCGACUUAGGCAGACAGCCAUACGCCAAGAGGGAGUGUGCUCUUCUCUACAGCGAUGUCUUUGCACCUUGUCACAAUGUGGUGGACGUGGCCUGGUUCUACAGGAACUGCCUGACAGACACUUGCAAUUGUAACCGUGGGGGGGACUGUGAGUGUCUCUGUACGUCCAUCGCUGCAUAUGCACACAAAUGCUGUCAACAGGGGGUCACUAUACACUGGAGAUCGCCCUCUGUCUGUCCUUAUGAUUGUGAAUACUAUAAUCAAGAGCUAGGCGAUGGCCCAUUUUCCUUGGUGAGUGCUGUUUACAACGACACCAUGUUUGGAGUGAACCGCACCAGCAGCUCAGUGUUUCCUCUGGUGAGAGAGAGACCGGGGCAGUUGCCGGCUCCAGGCUUACUCUUCAACUUCAUGAUCACAGCAGGCUUGCAGAAGGACAAAACAUCACGUGUUCCUGUGGUAUCGCUGGAGUCUGCGGAAAGGCCAAACUAUUUCCUUGUGGUGUCGGGACGCAGCCGUCUUCAGUUGGAGCGGUGGAGUCGAGGGCCGGAGUUUAAUCGCAGAGCAACCUUUAUCCAGCACCAGGGGCUGUUUCUGCCAGGUCACACCUCCUUCGAGCUUGUCAGCCAACCUGGAACCUUUCUGAUACUGACACGCACUGCUGCACGGGCUCAGAGAUAUGACACCUCCGAGGGGUUCAAGGCCAGCAGCAGCUUCUCACUGGAGGAGAGCAGUUUUGUGAUACCUUAUCGUAUGAUGUGUGAGUGGCGCUACCAAGCCUGUGCGAGCCCUUGUGUCCACACGUGCAGCGACCCAGAUGCAACGCGAUGCCAUUUCCUGCCUCCUGUGGAGGGCUGCUUCCCGCGUUGUCCCAAAAACAUGGUCCUUGAUGAAGUCACUAGGAGAUGCGUCUACACAGAGGACUGUGUGACUCUUCCCCCAACUCCGACACCUUUUGCAUAUGUGACGCGGUCCAACAGAACCACCACAGCACAACCAACAACUACAACCACAACUACCACUAGCACUACUACUACAACUUCAAGGCCCACCCCGACUACCACCCCCACAACCACCUCCACUACCACAACCACUACAACUACAACCACCACCACCAGAGCAACAACUACCUCCUCCACUACAGUAAUGCCCGCCACCACCACCCCUCCCACUACUCCCAGUACAACCGAGAGUGUCACCACUCCGCUGACCACGCAUCCAACUACUACUCCUCCUGCUCCUCCCACUACUAUUGUUUCGACUACUCUCACUCCCACAACCCCGCCAGAGACAACCACUCACAGCACUACCAUGACGACCCCCGCUCAAACUACUGAAGCCACAGAGGUCGCUGCACCCACCACCACUGAGGCUACUACAGUCACCCUGACUCCUACUCCUCCAGCCCCUACUACUCCUACGUCUUCCACUCUGACCUCCACUGCCGUUACCACACCAUCUCCUACAUCCCCAGUAACUUCCCCCCGACCUCCUCCAACGACCCCCUCCACAGAGACUCCACCCACUACAGCCGUCACAACUGCGCCCACCUCCGUCCCUGAAACAACCCACGAAACUACAACCGCUACUCAGACUACACCCGCCCAUACAACCAUUGCCGUAGAGACCACCAGCCCAACAGAACCUUCAACUGUUGUUAUGACAACCACAGCACCGCCAACAACCAUCGAGCUCACGACUGAACCGAUCACCACAGAAAUAACCCCGAGCCCCGACACCUCUCCUGUGACCGAGGAGGCUACAACCACACAUCCGUUCCUCCUGCCCACCACUCCCUGCACACCUCCGUUCUCGUACCGCAUCGAUGACUGUGCUGAGCUGAUCUGUUUCAACGGAGAGCUGCUGCUACACAACUCCUCCCUACACUGUCGCUACAACACCACCCAGCCCCAGUGCAGUCUGCUGGGCAUGCCCCUGCUCAUCAACACAGACCCCUGCUGUCCACAGUGGCAGUGCCCCUGCCGCUGCACUGUGAUGUCCGACCUGCGUGUUAUCACAUUUGAUGGCAACAACGUGGCUCUGUACGACAACGGCUCCUACAUCCUGGUUAACCUGCCUAGAGAGACUAUUAUUGGCACUGUGGAGAAAUGUCCGACCAGCCAGAGUGUAAACUCCAUCAGACGAACUAGUCCUACGGGUGGCACAUCCGGUCUGUGCUUGAAGAAGCUCAACAUUACUACCUCCUCAUACAGAAUUAUAAUCAACAGACUGGAUCGCAAGGUGACCGUAAACUACAGACCUGCUAGACUUCCGUUCUCUCGUCACGCUCUUUAUGUGGAGGACACAGGCAGCAUGUACCUGAUCCACACACCUGGCGGGGUCAGCAUACAGUGGUACCACAGCACCGGUAUCAUGGUGCUGCAGUACAUCACUCCUCAUAAUGCAUCUGUGCCCACUCGUGGCCUGUGUGGUUGCUGCGAUGGGAACCCUGAAGAUGACCUGAGGCUGCCCAAUGGUACGGUGGUCAGAGAGGUGGGAGACAUGGUGCUAUUCCUGCAGGCCUGGAGAGUCCACACCACCGAUGAAACCGAACACACACGCAGAGUCGGAGACAACUGCACCAUCGGGGACUGCUCCACCUGCCUCUCCAUGCUCCACCAGAGAGCCUUUAUUCCAUGCCACAGCAAGGUCUCUCCCGAGCAGUUCUGCGACAUCAUGUGGGCGGGGGACCUGCACUACAAGGAUCACCAGUGUGACUUUCUGGCGGCGUACGUUGCGGUCUGCUACACACAUCAAGUCUGCAUCAGCUGGAGACGACACAACUUCUGCCCUUUGCGGUGUCCCCCUGGUAAGGAGUACCAGCCCUGUGUGAGCACCUGCGCCAGCCGCACCUGUGUGAACAGAGAGUACUAUGAGGAAACCACCUGCUCCUUCAUCAGAGAGGAGUGUGUGUGCCGCAGUGGAACCAUCCUGCACCGCGCUGACUCCCCUUAUUGUGUAACUGAGGACCGCUGUGUAUGCACGGAUAAUGAGGGUAACCCCCGGGCCCCUGGUGAGGAGUGGAAUGGCUCUGCUCGUGGCUGCUGUCUGUACAGGUGUAUGGAGAAUGGCUCUGUGGUGGCUGUGGAGCCAGACUGCCACUCUGUCCCUACACCGCUGUGUGAGAGGGAGGGAGAGUAUGUCCUGGAUGUGCUGGAAGAAGGAGCCUGCUGCCCCAAGAAGAUCUGUGAGUGCAACAUGACCAUCUGUGACAGCGAUGCUCCACCUUGUGAUAACGGGAACCGGCUAGUGAUUGGUUACAGUGCUCUGUCCUGCUGCCCAGAGUACAGAUGUGAGUGUGACCCCAUGGCCUGCCCUCCCGUGUCUGCCCCCAACUGCAGGGAAGAUCAGUUCUUAGUGGAGGUCAGAGGAUCCAAAUCCUGCUGUUACUCGUACCUGUGUGUGUGUGAGUCAUGUAUUGAACCCAUUCCAACGUGUUCAAAUGGAGAAAUUCUGGCUGUGGAUCUAAACACAACGAACAGCUGCUGCCCGCAGUAUCAUUGUGUGUGUGAUGUUAACCUGUGUCCUGAAUCAUCUGUGACCUGUGCACCUGGUCUUUCUUUGGUCCAAACUGCUGUCCCGGGACAUUGCUGCCCACGGCACCACUGCGAAUGCCAAUGUGAGGACAGCUCUUCCCCCAUCUGUCAGGUGGGGGAAGUGUCUGUCGAGGUUUCAGACGGAAGCCCUAACUGUGGCUGUCCUCAGCAUACAUGCCAAAAGGAUGAGGUGUGUCUUUUCCAAGGGGUAACGGUGCUGGGCCCCGGACAGUCUCUGGUUCAGUACUUUGAAGGAGAGUUGUGUUACACUGUCCACUGCCUUCAUCACAGAGAUCCACACUCUGGCUUCUACGCCAUGGAAAUUACAUCCGUCAACUGCACCCAAAAAUGUGGGCCACACCAGGUGUACACAACAUCUACGGACCCUCAGGUGUGCUGCGGCUCCUGUAAAAAUGUCUCCUGUACGUUCACCAACGAAAACGGGACGACAGAGCUUUUCGCUGCAGGGAGUUCCUGGGUGGAGAACUGCACACGCUACGACUGCAUGGAGACAGCUGUGGGAGCCGUGAUACUGGCCUCUGGGGUGGUUUGCCCGCCUUUCAAUGACACAGAGUGUAUUCAGAAUGGCGGUGUGGUUCAGAGCUAUGUGGACGGGUGCUGCAGGACAUGUGCUGGAGUGGGUGUUUUACCAUUUACCGUUAAUCCUGUAACCCCCACUGGUAGUACUAACUGUGACACAGGUAAAGAGGAUGGUAAGACAUGCAAACGUGUGGCCAUUCGAACUACCAUUAGAAAAGAUGACUGCAGGAGCAAUGCGCCGGUAACAGUCUAUUCUUGUGAUGGGAAAUGCCCGUCUGCCACCAUAUUCAACUUUAACAUAAACAGUCACGCCCGGUUCUGUAAGUGCUGCCGCGAGAGUGGACUACAAACCCGCUCCGUUACACUCUACUGCUCUCGCAACGCCACAGUGGUGGACUACAACUUCCAGGAGCCUCUGGACUGUUCCUGCCAGUGGAACUAAAAACAACACCAUGCAGAAAAAGUGAACGAGAGCUUAAAGAAUGUAUGAAUAGAGGGAUAAAAUAUUUUUACAGUACUGAUAAAGAAGCAAACCAGCCAUUAUUCAUUUUAUUUGUCACUGUAGUAGACUUUAUUACACUGACCGUGAUCAUAGUUGUGUUGAAAAUAACUGAUAUAAGUUGGGAGGUAGUUUUCAAGUAGUUUUUUCUUUUAAGACCUGCUGUGCCAACCAAGUCAGCUUGCUAGUGCUCUCAAGCGAUGAUAGGAUGCCAUUAGCCUUACUGUAUAUUAACAAUUAAUAUAUGUUGACACAUAUUUUGUUGCAUUUUUUAUAUCCGCUGUCUGGUUAAAAAAUAUUCUGGUUUGUCUUGGAAGAUACAUUUAGCCUUUGUAAAAAUUAAAGUUAUGCCACGGAUUGUUUUGUUGGUCAAG